AUGACCAUGAACCUCUCUCUCUCUCUCUCUCUCUCUCUCUCUCUCUCUCGUCUCUUGCUUUUCUGCUUUGGGAAGUUAGGCUCAGUGAUCCCUCGUUCUCCAUCCCUCUAUGUGGCUGCGCGUGUAUUUGUGCAAUGUAAUCUCUGUAAUCACAGCCUGCCCAGAAUAAAUUCUCGGCUGGCUUCGAAUCUGGGACUCUGUAUUCGCUCUAUUUCUCUCUCUGUGAACAACAUGGUUUUUACAGCUCAGAAGAAAACCGUUCAUUCAAUCCUGGCUACCAAGCUCACCAAGCUCACAAUCCCCCAAUCUUCCUCGUAUUCUCCUCCCCAAGACUUCGACUUCUCUGAUGUCUUCGGCCCUGGAACGCCCCAUCUCGAUGCAUCAUCCCCAUCUUCUUCUUCUUCGCCUUCGCCGUUCCUCAAGGACCCAGAAAUCAUUCACCAUCGCUCGCACUCCUUCGUCGGCCCUUCCCCUCGAUUCUCCCUCUCCGCCUCUCUCCCGUUCAACGCCUUCCACGACGAAAUCGACUCCCAAGGCUCCGAUGCCGACGAUAGCGAUCCUGGGUGUGGCGAGGGGAAGAAGGAGAAGGUGGAGAAAGAAGAUGGGGUGUCAAAGAUAGGGCCUUGGGAUUUCGAGAUAUUGAGGGUUGUGGGUCAGGGUGCCUUCGGGAAAGUUUUUCAGGUGAGGAAGAAAGGGCAGAGUGGGGCUGAUGGGGAUGGGAUUUUUGCAAUGAAAGUGAUGAGGAAGGAUACUAUUAUAAAGAAGAAUCAUGUGGAUUAUAUGAAGGCUGAAAGGGAUAUACUCACCAAAGUGGUGCAUCCAUUCAUUGUUCAGCUUCGCUACUCUUUCCAGACCAAGUCUAAGCUCUACUUGAUCCUGGAUUUUUUUAAUGGAGGACAUCUCUUCUAUCAUCUAUACAGACAGGGAAUAUUCAGUGAGGAUCAAGCAAGGGUUUAUACCGCUGAGAUUGUUUCUGCUGUUUCACAUCUUCACGAGAAUGGGAUCGUGCAUCGGGAUCUUAAACCUGAAAAUAUUCUCAUGGAUGCUGAUGGGCAUGUUAUGCUAACUGAUUUUGGACUGGCAAAAGAAAUUGAUCGAUCAAGCAGAUCAAACUCAAUGUGUGGGACCACAGAAUACAUGGCUCCAGAAAUCUUACUGACUAAAGGCCACAAUAAAAAUGCAGAUUGGUGGAGUGUUGGGAUACUAUUGUAUGAAAUGCUAAGUGGACAGGUAGUGCUUUAUCCACCAUAUACACAUGCAAACAGGCAGAAGCUUCAGCAGAAAAUAAUCAAUGAGAAAGUGAGACUUCCGCCAUUCUUGAGUACUGAAGCUCAUUCUUUGCUCAAAGGAUUGCUGCAGAAGGAACCAUCAAGAAGGUUAGGAAGUGGACCUAGUGGAGGAGAUGAGAUUAAGAGGCAUAAAUGGUUUCGCUUAAUCAAUUGGAAGAAAUUAGAGGCAAGAGAAUUGCAGCCAAAGUUCAAGCCAGACGUGAGCGGGAAAGACUGCACAGCCAACUUUGAUCGUUGUUGGACGGCAAUGCCUCCAGAUGACUCUCCUGCCCCCACACCAACUGCUGAAGAACAUUUUCAGGGAUACACUUACGUAGCACCUAACCCUUGGCUUUCUUCUGGUUCUGGAUAAGUUACAGUGUAAAUUGAACUUCAAUAGGUGAUCUGUACUUAAUUUAUUCUGUUUUUCUGAUUUCAAACAAGAAAAUAAGAAAUAGACAGGGCGUUCUUUUGUUAUGAAAAAUAAAAUAUGACCACAUUCAUCUA